AAAGUCUUAUAAGAUAAUCAACUUCUCUCCAUUUUUUAUCUUGAUCAGGAAACUGAAAUCACAUAUCAUUAAUUUUAUGUUUAAUAUUAUGAUUGAGUUUAGGUUAACCACAAAAUUUUAAAGCCUUAUCUUUAGUACAACAUGCUAACAGAUAGAACAGUUUGAGAGACAAUCAAAUUAAUUCCAACCACUAAUUAGAAUCCUACACAAAAACUAAAAGCAAUCGAAGGACAUGCCAGAAAUAAAUAGACAGCACCACUUUUUGAGGAUAAAAGAGACAGAAAAGAUGAUGAUGAUGAUGAUGAUGAGCACAUUUUAUGAACGUUGUACAGAAUUAUGCACUUCAAUGUCUGAUAAGUCUGAUAUCAGAACCUCUAUGUUAAUGAACGAGGUGAUUAUAAUAACCUAGAGUUCAAUUCUUGGCUCUUCCAUAUAGAACAAAACGAGAGUUCAUAAUUUGACUUCUGAGAGAUACAAUCAUUCACGUAUCUUACUAGAGAAUGAGUCCAAGUGCACUAAAAUCCGCAACAAGCUUAAAAUUCAUAUCAUGAAACCAAGGAAAAUACGAGUUGCUUUUUUGGUGUGCUUUCAAACGCAUAAACAUAAAGGAAGACAGUGGAUUAUCAACUAAGCAAUAUUCCAUGUCCUUACCUUGCCCCACCAAUCUCUCCACCCUCUCUUUAAUUACCAUUCCACCACUCAUUUAUCUUACUGCACUCUUAUCUUCAGGAUAAAUAAUUAUGUUUAAGACAUUAUGCUACAAACUUUCAAACAUAUCUGUUGUUAAUAUCAACAAAUCUGUGAUAUAACCCAUAACUCAGAAGUCAUAUAUAAUCUACAUUAAUGUACAUAAAAAAUUGUCCAACAUCAUGGCUGAAACUGAGUCUGAGAGUCCCUUAGGUGCACCCAUUAUGAGCCCUAUCAGAACAGCAAAACCAUGCACCCCAUCAGAGCACAGUAUCAGUUUGAUGGUUAUUUUGGCAGCAAUAGUGUGUGCCUUGCUUUGUGCUCUUGGUCUGAACACAAUGUUGCUAUGUGUGUUCCAAUGUGCCAAUCGUGUUCUCACCGAACCCUUUCAAUGGAUUGCCUCUAGGAGACUCAAUUCUGGCCUGAAGAAGAGAGAAGUGGUGGCUCUGCCAACCUCAACCUACACUCAUUCUGGUGGCUCUCCGUGUAACUGUGCCAUUUGUUUAUCAGAGUUUUCCGAUGGGGACAGUAUAAGGUUUCUCCCAAACUGCAAUCACCGUUUUCAUGUUCAGUGCAUUGACAAGUGGCUGCUUUCUCACUCUUCUUGCCCUACUUGUAGGAACCUCCUCAAGUCUAGUCAUUCACUACACUCCUUGCAUGUUCUAGUAUCAUAGUUUCAUUUACUUUACAUGUGUUUUGGACCACUCUUAUUCCUAAGUUAGAAUCAUAUAAAUUGAGAGAGUUUUGUUUCUGCUACUACAAAAGAAAAUCAAGAUGAGUUAACAAGACUCACACAUCUUCUAUAGCAAACUUUUUCUUAAGGUGUAUUCUU